UCCGUAGUAACAUAGUGUACGACUGUACGAUGUACGAGAAACUUUUCUCAAUUGUCUUUAAAUCUGCGGAAAAAGUACCUACCGGAGUUUAAGAUAAAUGAAAGUCGGUGGUACAGUGAUUCGGUACCAGUCUUUUUCAAAUUGCAAAGAAAUUUAUCUAGUUGUGCGACUUUAACCACAUUUUUUACCACCAACAGUACUUACUGCCUUUGAAUUAUCCAUUAAAUACCUCCUGUUUUCAUUUGUAGAGCUGCUUAAUCCAUAAAAUGUCACACACCAUCCUGUUGGUUCAGCCUGCAAAUAGGCCAGAGACAAGGACAUACUCUGACUAUGAAAGUGUUAAUGAAUGUAUGGAAGGAGUAUGUAAAAUAUACGAAGAAUAUCUUAAAAGACAGAAUCCCAACACACCUACAAUCACAUAUGAUAUCAAACAACUAUUUGACUUUCUUGAUGAUUUGACAGACUUAUCUUGCUUAGUUUAUCAGAAAUCAACCAACACGUAUGCACCUUACAACAAAAGCUGGAUCAAGGACAAAAUUCAUGUUUUGCUUCGUAGGGCUGCUGAACUUGAAUAAAGACUCCAGAGAUUUUUUUCUACACUUAGAUAAUUUAUUAAUUACUUGUUUAAUUAAGUAAUUUAUAAAUUGAAGAAAACUAUGAAGGGUAUGAAAUAAAACCAUGAGAAUUGUCUUCUAUCAUUUGAAUUUGAUUGAUCAUGGUAAAAUUUCAUAUUUUACGGAAUAAGUGAUAGUGGCAUUUUUUAUUUAAUAAUAGUAUAUGGAAUAUAGAAUCACACGGUCACUUCGAAAUUUCUCAACUUAUUGUUUGGACUUAGCGUCCUUAUAAAUGUAGCCUUAUGUCAAAGUUUUUUUUGUUUAAGUAAAAAUGUACUUUUUCAUGAAUGUUGUUUAAAUUCAAAUUGUAAAAUAUUUUUGAUAUUUAUAUGAAUCGUGAUACAUACAACUUUAUGUAAUAAAUAAAAGUAUUACGUGUAGUUUUUACUUAAACCGCUUUUACCUCAUGGAACUUGAAAAUGCAAAAUUUUAAUUGACUCUUAUUCUACUUAAAAUUUACUGUUCGUUUAAUAAUUGCAAACUGUUAUGAAAUACAGUAACGGUCUUUCAAUCUGAUAUACUUGCACUUAUAGAUUUAGUUGAUUUUUCUGAAACUGUGUUAUAAAUAAAGUUAAUUUGUCUACAAAUAAAAAUUCGUAUGAUUUUC